UUAAUCAUUUUGAUGCAUCUCCUUUGAAAGGAGUGGUAAAAAAUGGUAAAUACGAUGGUGAUGCUAGAAAUAAGGUGUUUGUGGAUUGUUAUGUUUUCCCUUUAAUAAUUUGAUAAUGAAUUUUAUGUUUAACACUGGUUAAUGUUCAUCGGAAUACAAUGAACGGUUGGAAUUGUGUGAACGAAUUGGAGAGUUAUGGUAUAGCUAUAUAUAACUUCAAUGAUCCGGAUGAAGCUAAAUUAACUCUAACUGUUGGUGAUUCUUUAUGCAUUUUACAAGAAGAAGCAGACUGGUAUUAUGGAUAUGUCACCAAUCGACGAAACACAUUGGGUAUAUUUCCCAAAAGCUAUGUUCAUAUCAAAAAAUGCGAAAGAAUUGAUCCUACAGGACCUGUUUUUAAAGAUCCCCCCAUUAGUCAAGAGAUAACCUCGGUUUUAAGGGAAUGGGGGGCUCACUGGAAGGCCUUAUAUAUUGCACAUGAUGAGAAUUUUGAGAAAAUGAAAACAAAUAUAUACGAUCUAAUAUUCUUAAGAAGUAAAAUAGUGAGCGGGACUUUGCCAAUAGAUGAAUUAAGGAGGCUUACGAGGGAGGCGGCUGAAGAAAUCGAUAUGGGAAAUAAACUACUCGGUUUAGAUAUGGUUGUAAGGGAUAAAAACGGAAAUCUUAUUAAUCCAGACAAAAGUAGUACAUUACAGAUGUUCUAUCUUCAUAAAACUGCUACAGAAAGGUUAAAUAAAGCUAAGGAGAGUGUAAAGAAUGCGCCACCAAAAACAGCAAUCCAACAGUAUUCAAACAUAUUUUUAGUGGCUGUAAGGAAUUUUACGUUUAAAAUGUCCGAAGAUGCUGAACUUUUGAUGGCCCUGUACGAUGCCAAAGAGUACAAACCUAUAACGGAAAGUUAUGUAGUACGGUGGACUAAAGAGGGACUCAUGAGUGAUCUAGAUCAAAUGUAUAACUUGAGGGUGAUGUUUACAGAUUUGGGUAAAAAGGACUUGGAAAAAGAAAAAAUCUUUCUUAUUUGUCACGUGGUAAGGGUGGGAUCGAUGGAUAUAAAGGAAGUUGACCACAGAAGGAGUUCAAUGAGCGUGACAAGUAAGAAAAACCCUUAUGAGAACAUGCGUAGGCCUUGUGGAGUAGCUGCAAUGGAUAUAACGAAUUAUAUUAAUGGAAAAUUGGAUACAGACUUGGAUCAGGAAUUUUCAGUGCCUUUUGUUAGCUGUGAGAAAGAUAAUUUAGAUCAAACCCUGAGGAAGAUUAUCAGCAAAGAAAAAUUGGAGAACAAGAAUCAAGCAUUGUUUGUGAGCAUGAAGCUUCUUAGAGGUGAUUUAAAGCAGGUAAGGGAUGAAAAUCCGCACUUGGUGCUGGGAAAUGUGUCUAGGGCUAGGAAAAUGGGGUUUUCCGAGGUGAUUUUGCCUGGAGACGUUAGGAACGACCUUUACCUGACUCUGCUCAACGGAGAGUUCACUAAAGGUAGUAAAACCAGUGAUAAAAAUGUGGAGGUUGUGGUGAAGGUUUGCAACGAAAAAGGACAACAAAUACCGGAAGUUAUAAGCCUAGGAGGUGGUGUUUCUGAAUUGAGUGAAUACAGAUCAGUUAUAUACUACCACGAAGACAAACCACAAUGGUUUGAAACGUUCAAAAUAGCCCUAAGAAUAGAAGAAUUCAAAUCGAGUCACCUAAAGUUCACUUUCAAGCAUCGCUCAACGAACGAGGCCAAAGAUAAAAACGAGAAACCUUUUGCCAUGGCUUAUUUGAAGCUGAUGCAAGAAAAUGGCGUGACAUUGCCUGAUGCCCAACACAGCCUGAUCGUCUACAAAAUCGACUACAAAAAGUUCGACGAAACAGGCUUGGAUUACCUGAAAUUACCCUGUUUUGUCACGGAGAUCAAAGACGGGCAAAAAGUUCAGAUUCCCGGUCUUACAGCGAACUUGAAGGAUUGUUUUAAUAUUUCUAUCAAUAUUUGUUCUACUAAGCUCACGCAAAACGUAAAUCUUUUGGGUCUAUUGAAUUGGACUACCCACAAAGAGACCGUGUCCAAAUCUUUAGAGGAUUUCAUGCAAGUGGACAACAACGAGGUUGUGAAAUUUCUCCAGGACAUCUUGGACGCCCUAUUUUGCAUUCUGAUGGACACUACAGAGAGCAGCCGGUACGACAUCAUGGUCUUUGAGUGUUUGCUGCGCAUCAUCAAUUUGGUCACCACAGAUUUCCAGUACUUGCACUUCGAGCCUGUGCUCGACGUGUACGUCAAAGAGAGUUUUAGCGCAACCCUGGCUUACAGAAAGCUGAUCAUAAUCCUGAAAAUGGUGAUCAACAAAACGGUGUCCAGUUGGAACAACGAAAAAUUAAUACUACAAACCAUGAAAGGAUUACAGUAUAUCAUGAGAUUCGUGGCGAGAUCCAGGAUUUUAUUCCUGGAAGUCUACCAGGAAAUCAACCCCGACGAUGAUUUUGUUCAGAGCAUGAGAGAACUCUUGCACGACAUCAUCUACUUGAUGUCCAUGGAAGAGAAAGAAUUCCUUUUGGACCAAGGAGCCUGUUUGAAGUACCUGCCCACCAUCAUCCCGGAAAUCUUGCUUAUUUUUGACAGAUGCGAGUUCAGCAAAUUGUUGUGCGAAUUUUUGAACAACCUGCCCCAAGGAAGACUGACCAAGCAGAAAAUGAUGACCAUCAACGAUAUAGUGCACAGCAAACUGUUCCAGUAUCCUGAAUGUAGGGAGGUUAUGUUACCGAUGAUAACCAGGCAAGUUAAAGAGUUGAUUGAGGCCAAAGAUGAGGGUGUUGCGAUGCGGCAAGAUGGUCGGAGACAAAACAAAUCCGUGGCCAAGGUCGCUCAGCUGCUUGGAACGUCCAAACAUUGCGUCACUGAACACGUGGGAUACUCAGAAGAGGUGGAGCUUUGCAUCAAGAUACUGAGUGACAUGAUGGAAUUGCUCUUUCGCAAGGAUAUCGGAUCUACUUUCAAGGACAUUACGCAGAUUAUUAACACUGAUUUGAGGACUAUUAUUCAGAGUCAUAUCAAAAUGGACAGAGACCAUCCACAAGCGAGUCAGUUGGUUGCAGUAAUGCUAGACGUGUUCAGACAAAUGACUCCAGAACACUAUUCGAACUACAUCCAGAAAUUCCUGACUAGUUUCGACGUCUUGGACUUCCUCAUGGAAAUCCUCGUAGUUUUCAAAGAACUGGUCAGCAAUUCUGCCUUUCCCAGAGACUGGUGCGACAUGGUACUGCUCCAGAACCAUACCAUCCUGAAAUCUUUAAGAUUCUUCUCUCACACCAUCAGAGAUUGUUUUUUCUCAAAAUUUGAGCACGAUGCCUGGAGUAAUUUCUUCCAUUGUGCCAUAGCUUUCAUGACCCAAGAUGCCUUGCAAUUGGAAAGAUUUUCUUUUAACAAGCGAACGAGAAUAGUGAACCAAUACAGCGACAUGCGUCGUGAAAUGGGCUUCGAAAUUCGGUCUAUGUGGUUCAAUUUGGGUCAGCACAAGGUUCAUUUUGUACCGUCUUUAGUGGGACUGAUCCUGGAAAUGACCUUGAUCCCUGAGCCUGAAUUAAGGAAGGCUACCAUUCCCAUAUUCUUCGACAUGAUGCAGUGUGAGUUUUACUCUUCUCGUCUUGAGGAUGAGAGCUUUGGGGACACGAAACGUGAUUCCAGUCAUACUAAGGCGAAUUUUGAUGAUUUCGAGAACGAGAUGAUCGUGAAGUUAGACGCGUUGUUUGAAGGUGGGCGUGGUGAUGCCGAUUAUAGGCGUCUUUUUCACGAUAUCAUGUUCAAACUUUGUGAUCAGCACACUUCAAUGAAGGAGGAAGGUGUGAAGUUUGUGCUGAUUGUGUCAAGGUUGAUGGAGAGUCUUUUGGAGUACAGGAAUAUACUGUCUGAUGAGAAUAAGGAGAAUACCAUGAGUUGUACCGUGAAUUUGUUGGAUUUCUAUUCGGAAAUCAACAAAAAGGAGAUGUAUAUUCGCUACAUGAACAAACUCGUCGACUUGCACAUAGAGUGUGAAAACUACACAGAAGCAGCCUUUGCUUUAGAACUCCACACGAAACUACUCAGAUGGUCAGACGAAUCUCUUCCAUUACUUUUCAGCAAAUUUGCCGUAAAUGCCAAGACGCACAGGCAACUAAAGACGGCCCUGUAUAAUCAGAUCAUCGGAAACUUCAAUAACGGAAAGAUGUGGGAAUAUGCUAUAGAAAAAUGUAAGGAACUAGCACAGCAAUAUGAACAAGAAACCUUCGACUAUGAAGAACUGAGUCAGCUUCAUAAUCAGCUGUCUAAAUUCUAUGAUAACAUCAUGAAAGUAGCAAGACCGGAACCGGAGUAUUUCAGGGUGGGGUACUUUGGCAGGGGAUUCCCACAAUUCCUCCAAAACAAAGUUUUUAUAUACAGGGGUAAAGAAUACGAGAGACUGCAAGAAUUCAACGGCAGAAUCAUGAACGAGUUUCCGAAAGCUCAGUUGCUGAAUAAACUGACACCCCCUGGCGAUGACAUCAAGAAUUCGGACAAACAAUACGUCCAGAUCAAUAAAGUGGACCCAGUGAUGGAGGAAAAGAAGCAAAGAUUUUCCGGUAAACCGGUGUGCGAGCAGAUAGUCAAAUUCUACAGGGUGAACAACAUAAAAAAGUUCACGUUUUCGAGGCCUUUCAGUAGGAAGGACCCUUUCAUAGAAACGGAUAAUGAGUUUGCCCACUUGUGGCUCGAAAGAACGGAGCUUGUGACGACAUAUCCGCUUCCUGGUAUUCUCAGGUGGUUCCCGGUGGAAAGUAUGACAGUUAAAGAGAUUUCUCCAUUGAGAAACGCCAUAGAAACCUUGGAGAGUAAGAAUAAAGUACUUGCGGGUUAUGUUACUAGUUAUAACAGGGAUGAGAACAUGCAGAUCAAUCCUUUGAGCAUGACAUUAAAUGGUAUAUUAGACGCCGCAGUUAUGGGAGGCGUCAAAAACUACGAAGACGUCUUUUUUCAUCCUGACUACUUGGUGCACCAUCCCGAUGAUGAAGUGCUUGUUAAUAGACUGAAAGACCUGAUUGCUGACCAGAUUCCUCUGUUGGAUCUGUGUGUACAGAUUCACAAGCAGAAAGCGCCAGGAAACUUGCAACCGCUUCAGAAGAGAUUGGAGGAGUGUUUUGAAGUGUUUAGAAGUGAUGUUGAGAAGAAAUACGGCAAAAGAGAUUGUGAUGUAAAGUUACAAAACGACGUCCUAAUGCGAAGACACCACAGCACGGCCAGUGAUACUAGAUUAUCCGACGUCACCAUAACCCCUGACCGAUCGUCUCAACUGAACUACACCAAAAGCCUGAUACUGUCGCCGUCGAAAAGUUUGACGGGAACGCCGGUGAGUCACAAGAAGUCGCACAAACUGUCGACGAAAAGGAGGCGGAGCAAGCCGGAACAAUCGUUGUCGCCCUCUACCGGCAGUACUCAGUGGUACACGAACGACGACCCUGUCACGACGCCAUCUGGCGUGGGCACUCCACCCAUCGAACUAACGGAAGAAUUACAUCCGAAGCGCCCUCUACGUUCAGAAGUUGAAAGAGAAAAACGCCUGAGCAGGCCCUCUAGUGGACAGUUUUCUAGGCCCAACAGUGUUGUUUCUUUGCAAAUUAGGACUACAAACAGCUCGGGCAACAGCAGCAAUAGGGAUUCAGUAGGUACUACAGACUCCAGCGUAAGCGAGGAAGAUCAGAUGGUACCACCGCCGGUUCCGGCAAAACAAAAAGACUCAGGAGUGGAUUUUAGUCAGCUGACGAUUAACGAAAACAUGAGUUUUCUCCAUAGUCGUACUACCUCGUUCACCAGGCAGUCGUACCGAUUGAUCGAAGCCGUCAAUUUGGUGCGGGAAGUACCGCCGAGUCCGCCGCCUAAGCCUCCCAAAACCAAACAAAAAACCCUGCUCUAGCGUCGAUUAUUUUUUCGAUAGAACUUUCGGUCUUUUUCAGUAGGUACCAGGGUUGAAACUAUUUAUUUUUUUUUACAACCCUGGUAUGAUAUACACGUCCAAAAGCAUUGAAUAAAAAGACUAAGCAAGGAUUAUAUCAACAGGCUUGAGAUCAUUCAAGCCUUCCCACAAUGUCUGAAAGAUUUAUGCACUUUACAUAAGAACAAACAAGAAAAAAAUAGUAUUGUGUCCUUCCUUGGUCUUUUCAUAUGCCUAUAAUUUGUUUAUUGAUAUUAGUACAAGAAUUUAGAACAAGUAAAAGAGAUUUUCAUGAGACUUUUAGUGCAUUUAAACUUAUAGAUCUCUUUUAUUUGUCAACUAUGAUAAGCAAACUAAUCAAAAAAGUGUUUUCUGAAAGUAAAUUUAGUGUAUUAGCACAAAGAAACUUGAAUAGUAAUAACAAAAUAAUAAGUUAAACUGCGUGCCCUUAGCUGACGUCAAAUUAUGACUGAAUGUUAGCUACAGGAAGUUGACUAUAUUAUGUAUCUAGUUGUUGUAUGCUUUAAGGUUUUCAGUAAUAGUAUAUAUUUUUUUCGUUAUUUUUAUAUAUCUAAAUGCCAACUAUUUGUAUGUUUUAAUAAUGAAAUAUUCAUCAAUUUUUUUGCCUUAAAAAACGGUUUACCCAUUAUUAAGCGAAUUUGAAAUCUUAGAGCAUGGUAUAACUAGACACUCCUUGUCAUUAUAAUUCCGUAGGCAACAUAAAUCAUCUAGGAUGAAUUGUUACAAAUGCUACACUACUUUUACCAACAGAACUCUCUAUAAGCUGUAUUAUAUUUUAUAUCUUUACCCUUUUUUAUAUAGAUUUUCUAUUUUCACUUAAAACAGACUGUUUUUUAGAUAUAUAUGUCAAAUUUUUAAUAAAGGAGUUAUUUAUUUUAUAGUAUUAAGUAAAUGUUAAAUUUAUUAUUUUUUUUUGUAUUAAAUUAGGCGAAAUACUCUUUGAUAAUAGGCGGUACCUAAUAAAGAUUUAAGGCACUACAUAAUACCAAAAAAAAACUUUUUUUUUCAAAUAAACCUGUUUUUGUAAUCUUUUCGCUGUUAUAUAACGUACAAAGCCUUCUUGAUUAACUGUAAAUUUUAUAUAGGUGCUUGUUGCUGUUAUAUGCAUGCUUUUUCUAAUGUUAUUAAAACUAAAUUGUUACCGCAAGUGCCAUUUUCAUAGUUGAUAAGUUACAAAGCAAUUUUGUAUAUUUUUGUAUUAAGUUGUCGUGUUAACCAAAGAAGUAUUUUAGUAUUAUAUU